AAGGAAUAUGGGGUAGACUCUUGGACUAAGUUGUUCUCAGUGAUGCCAUCAAAUGUGACUGGCUAUUUUGAAUAUGUGACGCCACUUAAGUAUUCGAAGAGUGGUCAUCAUGUUCUCUUGCAUCAGGAUGGUGAGACAUAUCUUUUGUACGAUAUCGAUAUGAAUAGGACUAAUAAUGUGGGCAAGAUUUCUGGCGUUCCUAGAAAUUUUGAUACGUGUGUGUGUGAGGAGCCUUGUUGGAAUUGGGGUUGGUGAUGAGGAUAACUCUGCGAAGAAAAUAGCAGUUAUUAAGAACAAGAAAAAGGAGGAGAAGCAGCAAUUGAGUAGGAAGAAGCGACAAUCCUUACUCAUUCUCCAUUUUCAUUUGUUUAUUAGUCUUUUGUUGUGUUCUGUUGUUUAAUGUAAGAUGGAGUUUUAGCUCUACUAAAAAGAUGUCAUUUUUUUUUGGAUUGUGGCUUUGGGUAAUGCUAUAUAUCUUGUUGAACCUUUUGUGUAGAGAUGAGUGUAGGGAUGAUUUUAUGUCCAAGGGAUUUAAAUUAAUGUUAUAAAAAUUGCACAAAGAUUGGACACAAAGGAACAUUUUAAACAGAGGUUAUAGAGCCAGAAUUGAAGUUACUGAUAUGGUCCUAUGAUCUUGCUUAAUCUCUCUUGGUGCCUUUGUUUGUUUUAGGCUGGCGGUACUGAAGGGUUUUUGCUUGGCUUUAGCUGAUGUAGUUGCCUCUUUCGGGUCAGUGAACACUCUGUGCACCCAUAGAGGAUAUGGAUUUAAUCUUCCAUAAUUGCAACUGCCCCAACGGUUCCUUCCACUCAGUAGUCUGUACCGAAGGGAAUGGCUUCACUGGUGACAAAUUCUGGAAUAAGGAAGAGUGACAGUGGGAGAGACCAAGUAUAUGUAGCUGCACUUCCUCUAAGAGCGUCCAAAGGACCACCCCAGCUUCUUAUGUCCACUGCCUACUCCCUCAAUCUAUGGGAUUUCCAGCAUUUUAUGGUUCUAAUCAAACUCCCCUCAUCACCACCACAUUCUCAGGUGCUGGUUUAUGAUUUUCAACCCAAAGAUCUGGAAAAUAUGUUUGUGGCUCUUGAAGUUUUAUCUGGUAGAUCAGUACCAGGUAAAACUAUAAUUUUUUUAAACAUUUUAUUUUGUGCAAUCUAUAAAUGAGUGUCACAUUGUUCCCUACUUUAACUUAUAUAGCUGAGGUUCUUAUUAACUUUCAUCUUACUUAUGUAUCUAACCGUUGUAUUAGCUUAUGUAUCUAACCAUUGUGUUUGCUGAAGUUUAAAGGGUUGUGCUUUCAAAAUUUAAGUUGUGUUCCGAAAUUUUUAAAGCUAUCUAAUUUAUUGUAUUUGGGUUUUUUCUUCUUCUUUAGUUGGC